AUGGAUUUCAUCAAAACCACUUCGCCGGGUGCUAUGAGUGAGUUAACUUUCCAACGCAAGUGUUUUGGCAUCAUUUGGAUGAGUAGAAAUGAAGUUAUGAUCAAAUUAGUGAAGACUGGUCCAGACGGCUUAACCGAGCAAUCGCGCUCCAACCGCGCACACCGGCCGACCAAGGAGCUAUCGUCCCACGAUCGACCCGCGCAGAACGUCCGCGUUCCAUCCCGCCGAGUGCACGGCCGAGCUCACGUACCGACUCGGGAAGCAUCGUCCCGCGGUCGACCCGUCCGAGUCUCGCCACCACAAGCCGCGCACGAUCGCACCGCGCGAACCGGGAAGCAUGGCCGCACGACCGUGCAGCAUUUCAUCCGUGCCACGCGCACGAGCAUACCGUCCGAUCAGGAAGGCUUCGUCCAGCGUCCGGCUAUAUCCUUCGACCAAACCAUCCAUCCGGCCGAACCCGACGACCGAACGACAAAACUCUCGGCCACGAUCGACCCGAUCCUCCAGCCUUCAGAUCCCGUUUUUCUCAUCCCCACAAUUGUUCCUCGCUCCAAACAAGUUUCCUUCCUCAGAGGUGACGACCCUUGGGUCUCUCUCCUGACGAACACAGUUCGCUCUUCUCGCCAGCCCCAGCCAUGGUUCACAGUUUCCAUUUCCUCCGCUACCCUCCUCCGUCAAUUUCAUAGAUUUACUGUUAGGUCGCACUGCUCCCCUCCUGCGUCUAUGGAGCCACGGAAAUUCAACGGGAAAUGGGAUUGUCAUGCUUCUUCUUCAUCAGAAGGGUUGCUCGCAAACAGUACUCCAUGUCAAUGGCAAUGGGCUACAUGUAGCUUGGGUAGUGCAGUAGCUACACUCUUGGCUAUUGAACUUUCGUCAAGCCAAUUGGCUAAACGUGGAGCAAUCACUGUUACCACUUACCAUAAAGUAAAAGACAGCUGGAGAGUUGUAAACCACAGAGACAUAAUUCCCACAGUCCCUCGCUUACUGGGCUAUUGUCAUGUUGCUCAUCCUGUUUAUCCAGCUACUAGAGUCUGGAGAUGUGGUAAGGCAAAACAAUCCGAAGAAUCAAGUGGUGAUGGUACUAGCAAUGCUACAUCUGAAGUCAAAUCUCCAUAA